UUUGCGCAACCAUCAGUGCAGCUCCGCGCCGCCAAAGUGUCUAGACUGGCACAUGAUGGGAGGGAGCCAAUGACUCCAGCGCUCUCCUCGGGGGCCCUGCGUGUGUGUUUUAGAAGAACAAAAAAGAGAGAGCGCGGAGAAGGGGAGGGGGGACAGCGAGCGACCGAGAAAGGGAACGAGUGGCCGCUGUCUUGAGGCAGAUCUCUGCGGCACCCAAGCCGGAGGGGGGGGCGUCGGUGGAAGAAGGAGGCGGCGGCGGAAGGGAAGUCGGGGCGCUCUACCCUCGGUGGCCGCCUCUGCCCCCAGGAGCCUCGCCCGCCCGGUUCUGCAAGCCUCGGAGCGCUGCGCUUCGCGUGCAUUUGCCAUGCUGCUCCGCGCCGCCUAAAGAGAGACGGGGCGCCUUUGCUCCCGGAGCGGCGGCCCCUUCUUCGGCUUCUGCUGCUGGCGCUGCUGCGUUUCUCUCGCCCUGGGAUCUUUACAAGCGAGCGCAGCCAUGCGCGGCUCUGCCAGCCUGCUUCGUGCCCCGGGGGACGGCCAGCCUCCAACUUGGGAAGUCGUCGGGGCAACUUUUUGAAAGCCGUCCGCGCGAGGCGAAGAAGGCACCACCGUCGAGGGUCUCCAUCGCCGGCUUCGAGAGGAGAGGAAGGGGGAACGGCGGGGAGGGGAGAGAGAAGCCAAUUGGUGUGGAGGUUCUUUGGCGUUUUGCUCGUUGCAAGGCUCCGGCUUUCCUUCCUACUCCCGAAGAAGAUCUGCUUCGGCUGCAGGGAGGGAGCCAAGCCCGCGGGCGGUUUUGCCUGGCCUCGACCCUUCCUGGCUCUUGGGCUUCAUGUAGGGCCGAGGGGGCGGGUUGCGGCGGCGGAUUCACGGCUCGCCAGGACGCCGGCCCGUGGGGCUCCGCUCCAUGCCAUUGCGCCCUCCUUCCCUCAUGUGGCUGCGCGGCUGCCGCUUCUGGGCGAGUGGCUGGGCCGGGCGUGCGAGGAGCCCCAGCGGUUGCUCCGGGCGCCGCCGCCGUCGCUGCCGCAGCAGCAGGUCGCGCUGCGGGGUCUCCUUCAUGCGGUCCUCGUUUGGGAAGAUCUGAUCCGGAGCCAGGAAAGGCCAGCAGCUCCGCGGCCGGGCGAAGCGUAUGUUCAGGUCCAAACGGGCAGGGCUUGUGCGGCGACUUUGGAGAAACCGGGUCCUCCCCGACAGAGAAGGCGUCGGAGGAGGAGGAGAUGGUGGCGGCGCCGGCGCCGGCAGCAGCCUUAGGAAGAGCCAUGAGCAAGGGGGCAGCGACCGCAGGAGCCUGGAGAAGCCCCCCUUCAGCGGCAGGCGAGCGGUGACCGGCGGAGGCGCCGUCGAGGAGCCGCGCACUUUGGAGAGGUCCAUGGCGCACGGCGAGGGCGACCCUUCGGCGCCCCCCGAGGUGGAGGCGGCGGCGGCAGUAGCAGCACCGCGGGAGGAGGAUGGCGGCGGCGGCACAGAGAGGGAGAGCCCGUGGUGGGCUCAGGAGAGACACGGCAUGACUGUGACCUGCUGCCUCUUCAAGGAGAGGGAAACGGACGACGCCUCCCACCGGCCCCGGGAGCUGCCAGCCCGGGAAGGGCGCUCCAGACUGUCGCUGCUGGAGCAGGAGCUCAAGACCGUCACCUACUCGCUCCUGAAGCGUCUCAAGGAGCGCUCCCUCGACAGCCUCCUCGACGCCGUCGAGUCCCGCGGCGGCAUGCCCAGCGCUUGCGUCCUUGUCUCCCGCGCCGAGGUGCGCUUGGGCGGCCAGGCGGCUCCUCCGCACCUCCUGCUGGGCAAACUCUUCCGCUGGCCGGAUCUCCAGCACCCGGCCGAGCUGAAGCCGCUUUGCGAAUGCCGCAGCUUCGGCCUCCCCGACGGCCCCACGGUGUGCUGCAACCCCUAUCACUUCAGCAGGCUGUGCGGGCCAGAAUCUCCACCCCCUCCUUACUCCCGGCUGUCUCCAAACGAUGAGCAAAAGCCACUGGAUCUUUCAGAUUCCACAUUGUCCUACACUGAAACGGAGGCUACAAACUCGCCCAAUGUUACCCCUGGAGAGUUUUCAGAUGCCAGUAUGUCACCGGACGCUAUUAAGCAAAGCCACUGGUGCAACGUUGCCUACUGGGAACAUCGCACUCGUGUCGGGCGCCUCUACACAGUGUAUGAACAGUCUGUCAGUAUCUUUUAUGACCUACCUCAAGGAAACGGCUUCUGCCUUGGACAGCUGAACCUGGAGAACAGGAAUGAGACUGUCCGCCGGACUCGAAGCAAGAUCGGCUAUGGGAUUUUGCUCAGCAAAGAACCGGAUGGCGUGUGGGCUUACAACCGCAGCGAGCACCCGAUCUUCGUCAACUCCCCAACACUGGACAUUCCCAACUGUCGGACUCUGAUCGUGCGCAAAGUGAUGCCCGGCUAUUCAAUCAAGGUCUUUGAUUAUGAGAAGUCUUGCCUCUUACAGCACACCACUGACUUGGAAUACCCAGAUGGGCCUUACGACCCAAACAGUGUCCGGAUUAGCUUUGCUAAAGGCUGGGGACCUUGGUACUCGCGGCAGUUCAUCACCUCUUGCCCCUGCUGGUUGGAGAUUUUGCUCAACAACCACAGAUAGCCGUCGGCCUAGGAGGAGGGCCAAGCGGAACACACAGACCAUCCCAAAAUAUCAUCUACCUAGAUUUAAUAUAAAGUUUUAUAUAUUAUAUGAAAAUAUAUAUUAUACUUGUAAUUAUGGAGGCAUUUUUACAAUGUAAUUAUUUAUGUAUGGUGCAAUGUGUAUAUGGACAAAAAAAUGGAAAAUGCACUUUGGCUUAUAAGUCUUUCAGUACAGUUUUGUUUUUUCUUUCAGGAGGAAAAAAAUUAUACAGCAAAAAUUGGAGUAGCGCCAUGUUUUGGCUGUAUAGUUUUUUUUUAAAAAAAAUAGUAAUACCCAGACAAAAAGCUAAUACCAGUCACUCAUUGAUAAUAAAGUACUUGCAUUAUAGGUUCCCCUCCCCCCAAUUGUCUAUUUUUUA